AUGUGUUCGAACGCUGAAGAAAUUCAUGUUCCAGCAAUCAAAUAUUUCAAUACAAUGUUCUCUACUUCAUCACGAAGAAUUUGUGGAUCAACUGAAGAUGGAAUAAAAGGUGUAUGGUAUCAUAUCACAGCUCCAGAAGAUAAAACUCUUCAGGCAUUAACUGAUGACUCAUCAACAUUCUAUUCCCAUAUUGAUAUGUAUAAAGAAUGUACUACUAACUUAGAAGAGUCAUGGCCAAAAGAAUGUGUUGCCUUUGGAGAUUAUACUACUUCUCCUGUUGGUCGAAAAGGAACUAUUGUUUCUUACCCAAUGAAAAAAGGUGAUUCUGUUUAUGUCUUUGUUGGAGCUCAUAGCAAUACCAACACUGGUCUUGGUAGAAUUUCUUUCUCUUGGAAAGAAGAAGAAGGACUAAAUGAUAAUAGUACUAAUAGUGAAGAAGAAGAUGAUGAUGGUUUAAGUGCAGGUGCUAUUGUUGGUAUUAUUGCUGCUAUUUUCAUUGCAUUUAUAGUCAUUGUUAUUAUUGUUACUAUCAUUGUGGUAGUCAUUAUCAAAAAGAAAGGAAAGAGUUAUUCUGACUUUUAA